UAAGAGAAAAAAAGAAUUAAAUUUAUUUUUCUAUUGCUCUAUUUAAAGUUUAAACAAUGCAAAUACCUGUCUUGAUGUGACAUUCUGAAAAAGAAAAGUGAAUAAAUCAAUUAGCACAAAUUGAAUAAAAAGUGAAAACCUGCUGAGUGGGUAAAGUGAGAAAACGGAGCAAAAAAGUGAUGACGACAAUGUGGAUUAUCCACGUUUAAGUGAAUUAUCCAUACAAAAAAUUAUGUAACGAUGAAGUUAUGAGGGUUACAGCACAAUGGAUUAUUUUGGGGUGGCUCAUCCUGUUUGUAAACAGAAAAGAAUGCUCUCAAACGACAUUUCCUAAACAGACCCACACUCUCGAGUUUCAAGUACCAAAGUUUUGGCACAGCAUAUCAUCCGAUACUGAAUUGCUAGAUGACGAAUUGGAGGAAGAAAUCGAACAAACAACGAUACACCAAGAACCCUCACCAUUCUUUGAAGAGGAUCAAACACAAGUCAACGAAACAACGCAAUUGGGUAGUGAUGUGUAUCUACAUUGUCGUGUACAAAAUUUAGGAGAGAAAAUUGUAUCAUGGGUGAGACGUAAAGGCGAUCAACUGCAUUUGAUUACAUUCGGUGACUCAUUAUACAGCAGUGAUUCACGUUAUUCACUCAAAUUUAAACCACCAAAUGACUGGCAAUUGCACGUUCAAUAUGCUAACGAAAGAGACGAGGGACAGUUUGAAUGUCAAAUAAAUACAAGUCCAACUUUAGUUUUUAUCGUGUAUCUAAUUGUGGUUGUGCCACGAGUUGAAAUUGUUGAUGAACGAGGUUUAACGACACCCGAUAAAUUUUAUAAAACUGGCAGUACGAUAGAGCUGAAAUGUGUUGUCAGCAAAGUACCACAACCAACAAGUUAUGUUACUUGGAAACAUGGCUUAAGGAUGUUAAAUUAUGACACAAGCCGCGGUGGUAUAAGUGUCAAGACAGAUAUGCUUCCGUCAGGAGCAAUGAGUAGAUUGUACAUUGCGAACGCUAAUCGCCAUGAUUCGGGAAAUUAUUCAUGCGCGCUAGGGGAUAUCGCCCAAGCAACAGUGAUGGUUCAUGUCUUAAUUGGCGAAAAUCCAGCAUUAAUGCAAACUUCGACAUGCGUCCUUUUGACUCCGGCCACAAUUCUCGUCACACUUUCAGUUUAUAUUUCCACAGCACUACAUCGGUGACAAAACGUCAACAUUUAAGUGUGUUGCGAUUGUAAUCUACUCGCAAAUAUUUACAUAAAGUAAAGUCCACAGACACUUUUUUCUAUUUUCAUCUCCAACCUUUUUAUAAAUGUCACAACUACGAUAGAAUAAUAUCAACAAUAUAAGAAGCAGUUAAAAUUCCCAUGAGUGUCAGAUAACUUCAUGAGAAGAAAUCACAAGAAAUUUGCUGCUAUCAAUUUUUGUUUGAAAAUGAAAUCUAAUAGUGAUAGUUGAAGUUGAUGAAAAAUAAAUAUUUUGUGUGAUUCUGAAUGAGAAAGAUGAAUAAAAACAGCAAAAAAUCUUUCAAUGCGUAAUCGAAAAGCUCACAAAAGGAAAAACAAAUUGUGAAAACUUUUCCUGAAUAAAGCUCACUGGAUUUCUUUUUCUUAUUUCAUUUCUUCAAAAGACCAAUCGAUUCUAAGAACAAUGUCAAAGUUUACGACUCAGAUAUCGUUUAUCGGUUAAAGUUGUUUGUGAAUCUUGCGAUAUGUUGAAAUCAUUCAACACGAUCUGCAAAAUUGAAAGAUUGCUUUGGAGCUUUCAGAGAAACUUUGAACGAGUGCUAAAAGGAAGAAAUAAAUUAUUAAUAAUUGCAAUCGUUGAACCAUUAAGCAGAAAACAUUUAAUCCAUCGAGAAAUCAAACUUCAACCUUUUUUCCAAGAAUUUCUCAAAAAAUUUUCGUUUUUCUUUUUACUUUUCCUUCUCUGUUGAAUUUUCCACGAGUAUGAUUGAAAAGAGAAUUGUGCACAAUGAAUUUUUAACGAACGGUGACUUUUAAACAUCUGGAAAACUUUUCUAUUCCUCAUUUGCUUGCAUUGAGACGUUUGUUUUGUUUUGAUUUUUUGGAAGAAUAAAUAAAAUGAAAUCAGUGAGAAUAUCCAAAAAAAACCGACGAUUGCCGUUUUUGAAGCAUUGAAUAUUUUUUUAGAAUUGGAAGAAAUUCUUUCAAAAAUGGAUAAUAGAAGAUAAAUGAAAAAUGUUAGUUAAGUGUUUGUUUAAACUGAAAUUAUGAAUAAAAAUAUGUCAC